AAGCAGCGUCGCAUUCGCGCCGUCGUCGUCUAGUCGUCCACCACAUCUUCCUUCCAUUCGUUCCACACCCAAGGCGGAGGGAGGCAAACAGUGCUUGGAGCCUGCUCCAAUCCAAUCCGAUCCGAUCCGAUCCGAUCCAAUUCGUCGGCAGGUGCGUGGAGCAAGGGCGCGCGGGACGGGAGUGAAUCAGUCAUGCCGAGGAGUCCGCAGCUGAGCCUGAGCGGCUGCAGCUCGCUCUUCUCCCUGUCCAGUACCAGCACAAGCCGCGACAACGACAGCGCUGCCGCGGCGCCCGUGCCGCCCCCGCCGCCGUCUCUUCAUCCGCUGCCCCCACGCCGCCCUCUUCUGUCGCUCAGCGUCGGCGGCGGUGCGGAGGAGGAGCAGGAGGAGGAGGAGGAGUACCUGCUGGGCGGCCUGGAUCUGCAUCUGACUGGGGCCGGCGGUAGCAACAGCAGCGGCUGCUGCGACGGCGACGACGAGCGCAAGAACAUCCGGAUGAUGAAGAACAGGGAGUCUGCGCUCCGCUCCAGGGCAAGGAAGAGGGCGUAUGUGCAGGAACUGGAGAAGGAGGUUCGUCGCCUGGUGAAUGAGAACCUCAAGCUCAAGAGGCAGUGCAAACAACUCAAAGUGGAGAUGGCCGCACUGAUCCAGCCAAGCAGCAGCAAGAGCAACUCCCACAUCAGAAGAGCCGCCUCCUCCACUCAGCUCUAGCUCCCUACUUGUUAUGUUUCCUUGCUAAAUUUUAGUAUCUUCAUCUUCGUUAGCUAUAACUCUGUGGUACAAGCAGCGCAAAAAUAAUCAUCCUCUUGCCAAUGCCUUGAUUAUAUCAGUUGCAUCCACUACAGCUUCUGCUGAUCCAGCACCUGCUCACUCCCAAGUCCUACCAAGGAAGGCCAAGAAGCAGGAUCCAUGGAUGAGGACAAGCAAAGAAUUACAAGCUAGAUUGCUUCUUCUCUGAUGAUCUGAUCCAUGAAUGUGCUUGGGUUGAAUGGAAUGAGCUGACACUCAAUCCGUUGAUGGAAUGGAAUUGGGAUUAAUGUUUCAUAUGUUGCGCCAUUUUGGUCACAACUUCA